AUGGGGCGGAAGCGUGGUCCAGGGGAAGGAACUGGGGAGCUCGAUGCGGGUCUGGGCGUGGCACCCGCACCAGGAGCUAUAGAUCCUGCAGCUUUCCCUUUUCCGGGCUUGCCUGCCGGCCUUCCGCCACCAACGCCUGCAGCUCCAGUGGCAAACCCUGCCGCAGGACUCCCAACUCUGCCCCCAGGCGCGGGGCCCACAGUCGUGCCACCAAAAGGUCCUGGCUUUCCUCCUGCUGGGCUCCUGCCACCGGGGUUGGCCGUGCCGGGUCCGCCUGGCCUUGCCAUGCCUGGCCUGGGUGCAUUGCAGCAGAUUUUGCCAGGCGUGGCUCCUCCGCAGCCGGGGCUGCCACCCUGCCUCGGUGGUGCGAAGAUGCCCCCACCUGCGCCGGGGCUGGGCCUAGGUGGCUUGCCCGUGCUUCCAGGCAUGGCAGCUCCGCCAGCGAUGCCGCCGCCGGGUUCUCUGGACACAGAAGCGCUGGCGCAGCUCAGGUUUCAGCAAGUGGCCUCUGAGUACGAGCAAAUCAAGAGCGCUGGCAUUGACCCGCAAGUGGCCGAGCUUGCGGAGUACCAUGGUCUAGAUGAGCGGGUGACGCGCUUGCUCGAUGAGGAGAUGAAGAAGCGAAAAGACACGUUUGAGUCGGACAUGCAAGCUCUUUGGGUGGGCUUGGAAAGGGCAAAGAACCCUGCAGGAAUGUUGAUGAUGAAGCUCAAGGAUAUGAAAGCGGGUACUUUCAAAGGCAUGUCGGCGCUGGACAAGAAGAUUGAAGACUUCGCCAAGCGCAAUCGCUUGGAUGCCCAGGCGGCUGUGAGGCUGGCUGAGGUUCUGCAAAAUCGCGACGACGUGGACGGCGACCUGGCCAAGCUCCAGAAGCACCUGGAGCGAUCCAACAAACCUUCCUCCCUGGUCAUGAUGAUGCUUCGGGACCUCCGGGAAGGCAAACCCGUCAAGGAUCCGGAGUAUGCGCCAGCUAUUGGCAGCAAGGUGCAUGAGAGAGAACUGCGGGACUCCAAGAAGGAGAGGGACCGAAGUCGCAGCCGGCAGAGAGGAGGCCGAGACGAAGCCAGAGGCGGCCGCCAUGACAGGGAUCGAGGCAGAGACCGUGACCGUGACCGAGAUCGGGAUCGAGAUCGUGACCGGCGGGAUCGUGACCGUGACAGGGAUCGCGGUGAACGGACGUGA